AUGCCUCUUGCUGCUCCCAAGACCCAAGACCAUCACUUAAGGGCGCUGCUGCCAAACAGCCCCAACUCCUCCAAGAUUCCUUCGUCAAAACCCUCUCGUCUUCCCUCCAACAUCCCUCUCCGAACCCUCACCGCCCGCUCCGAACAAGGCGCCCAAUCGACGUCGUUGCUGGCUGGCCACCGGGACCAGCCGUCCCACGCCAGACUUUCCUCCGAGUCCGCCGACUCCGAUUCCUGGACCGACACCGGUGACAUAGCCGAGCAGUUGGCAGAUGAGGAGGACCCUCUGCGCAAGACCCUCGCCGAUACCUCCAUACACGACGACCUUCUCUCUGGCGUCGUCAAGCGCCAUCCCAAGCACAAACGCGUCCAGUUUAGAAGAUCCGUCUCGGCACACAGCGCGAGACACUCUACGACACACUCUGGCGUCGUUGACAAGGAGGCCAUCCAGAUCCCCGACAUACUUCCCCGCCGUAUAUCAGGGGCAGAGCGUGCCAUAGCAUCCAUCAUGCCGGGCAUGGGUUCUCACGGUUUUACGGGCAAGGCCCUCAUCUAUUUCACCAGCAUAUUCGUGUCGCUGGGCGUCUUCCUGUUCGGAUAUGAUCAAGGUGUCAUGUCAGGCAUAAUUACGGGCCCGUAUUUCAGAAACUACUUCAACAACCCGUCGAAGGCUGAGAUCGGUACCAUGGUGGCCAUCCUCGAAAUCGGUGCUCUUAUCUCAUCCCUAGCAGUGGGACGGAUUGGCGAUAUCAUAGGCCGACGCAAAACCAUCCUCUACGGUUCCGUCGUCUUCUUCGUCGGUGGAGCUUUACAGACUUUCGCGGCCAAUAUGCCCAUGAUGAUGUUGGGAAGAAUCAUUGCCGGUCUCGGUGUCGGUUCCUUGUCGACCAUUGUUCCUGUCUAUCAAUCCGAGAUCUCCCCUCCCCACAACCGAGGCAAACUCGCCUGCAUCGAAUUUUCCGGAAACAUCAUUGGCUACACGACUUCUGUCUGGGUAGAUUAUUUCUGCGGCUACAUUGAGAGCGAUUACUCCUGGCGUGUUCCCUUAGCUCUGCAAUGCGUAAUGGGUGCCUUACUCGGCUUGGGCAGCUUGGUCAUCGUUGAAUCCCCCAGAUGGCUUCUAGACAAUGAUCACGAUGAAGAAGGGAUAGUGGUCAUUGCGAAUUUGUACGGCGGCGGUGAUAUCCACAACGCCAAAGCAAGGGAUGAAUACCGAGAAAUCAAGAUGAAUGUUCUGCUUCAGCGUAUGGAAGGCGAACGGACAUACAGCGAGAUGUUCCGACGUUACAAGACACGGGUCUUCAUCGCCAUGUCUGCGCAAGCCCUGGCACAACUCAACGGCAUUAACGUCAUAUCGUACUAUGCACCCUACGUGUUCGAAUCCGCCGGCUGGAUAGGUCAUGACGCUGUCAAAAUGACCGGAAUCAACGGUAUCACAUACCUACUCUCUACUAUACCUCCGUGGUAUGUGGUAGAUCGAUGGGGCCGUCGGGUCAUUCUCAUGACGGGCGCCGUUGCUAUGGCCUUGUCACUGUCUAUGGUAUCUUACUUCAUCUAUCUGGAUAUCAGACUGACGCCAACCAUGGUCGUGGUCUUUGUCAUGAUCUAUAACGCCGCGUUUGGUUACUCGUGGGGCCCUAUCCCUUGGCUCUACCCGCCCGAGAUAUUACCAUUGAGCAUCCGAUCCAAGGGAGCAAGUUUAUCCACUGCUUCCAACUGGGCAUUUAACUGGCUAGUUGGUGAAAUGACGCCCAUUCUCCAAGAGUGGAUCAAAUGGCGACUAUAUCUAGUUCACGCGUUCUUCUGCGUCGUCAGUUUCGUUGUCGUCUACUUCAUAUAUCCUGAGACUUGUGGUGUAAGAUUGGAAGACAUGGAUUCGCUUUUCGGAGACGCAAGCACUGCCAUUGGCACCCCGGGUAUAAGAUCAGAGACCGGCUCCAUUGUCAGAGGGGGGUCUCCUGUUCCGUCUCUCGAUCUACGCGGACGGCCUCUUGGCUCAGAGGCGAACAUUCCUCCCUUGGACAUCGAUCCCCCGGCCGUCAACAUCGUGGAUGGAAAGCCACGGUUGCGUUCGGACAGUCAGAGCUCACGAGGCCGCGUGGGUGAGUGGCUCACCAGAAUGGUUGGGCAAAGGGGGACUAGUAGCAGCCCGGCCAGCAGAGCUCGAUAUGCGCCGUUGGAUCAAGGAGACGAUUGA